AUGCUUGGCACCAAGAUCUUAUUGUUGAAAUCCAUUACCGCCGAAGAUGCAAACCAAAAGGAAUAUGAAAAUGUCUAUCCGCUUUAUAUACAUGGAGUGACAUUUGUCAUCUACUAUCAGUCGAUGAUGCACUUCGAGGAAUUCUUAAGGGUGAUUGGCCCUGAGGUCAAAGAUGCUGAGGAAGAAGCCUUUUACCUGUACUCGCAGGAAUUCCCCUCACAGAACCUUGGAUUUGUUGAUUCGCGCGCCAACACCGUCGACUUCAUCAUCCACGGCCGUGAUUUUCAAAUUCGCCAAUCGCCAACUAUCCUCUCCUCAUCCCGUUCAGGCGGAACUACAGGCGCAGUGUUAUGGAAAAUCACCCCUUUAAUCGCAGAAUGGCUCUCCUCCAAACAAAAUAUCCUCUGGACAUCAUCAAUCUUAAACCAGAACUCUACAGUCGUCGAGCUCGGCUGUGGGAUCUCGGGGCUUAUCGCCCUCACCCUCGCCCCAUCUAUCGGCCAUUACAUAGCCACAGACCAAGAAUACGUCCAUAAAUUAUUAAAAGAAAACCUCAAAGAAAACACUACAACCAAAGUCAGUGCCACAACUUUGCGGCGUAGUGAUAACCAUCACCGCCAGUCGCGGCGCGGCUCCCAUAAAUCGCCAACAACCCAAUCUUCGAAUGCAAAACACUCCGCAUCCCCAUCCCAACCUGCCCCGGCCACCAACACGGGGAACGUAACCUUCACCGCGCUGGACUGGGAGCUCGACUCACCUUCCACCCUCAAACAAGUCAUCAUGCCCUCCUCCUCAUCAUCAGCCAAAGUCAUAACAACCAAAGGGGGGAAAGGAGAAGAAGGAGAAGAAGGAGAAGAAGGAGAAGAAGAAGAAGAAGAUCCCGGCUUCGACCUCCUCCUCUCCUGCGACUGCAUUUACAACGAUUCGCUAAUCGACCCAUUCGUGCAGACCUGUGCAGAAAUCUGUCGUCUGCGCCCUGGCUAUACGCCUACGUCUCUAUCUAAUGGCACAUCCCCACUGACGCUGCUUUCAGCGCCUCCACCUCUUUCCAUGAAAAGGAGGCCAACUAUAUGCAUUAUCGCGCAGCAACUGCGGGCGCCAGAUGUAUUUGAAUCGUGGCUAAAGGCGUCACUGGAGGAGUUUUGGGUGUGGAGGGUUUGUGAUGAAGUUCUUGAGAAGGGAGUUGGAAAAGGAGAGGAGGAAGGCUUUGGCGUGGGUUUGAAGGCUGGGUCAGGCUAUGCGGUUCAUGUGCUGGUUUUAAGGGAGUAG